CUUAGUACCGUCUGAGAUGCCAGAGAAGGGAGCUAUGAGCUGGCCUACAUCGUCGAAACCAAGUCCUCCUCUGCUUCAAUGGCGACUUGGGUUAGUCACAGCUCUUGUUCUUGUGGGAAUGGUGUUGAUUUGGAGCACGGAUGCAACAACUAUGAGGAACUUGGUGGAAGCCACCAAGUCUCAGCAGGGCUAUUUGACUACAAAGGUUAGCGCUUUUGCUAAUAAUAUAGCUCAGAACCAUGAGGAUAAGGAAGUUAGCACUGCCCACAUUGUAGUUAAUCAGACCCAGAAAGAACCCAACUUGACCCAGUUGAAAACCCAGAUGGGUUCUCAGGACCCAGUGAAUCAUACCCAGAAUGUGUCACCUUCCGAUCAGAAUUAUUCAAGUGGGGUUUCUGUGGUUCCUGCUAGUUUGGACUGGGUUACUGCUAAAAUAGAGCCUAAUGUGACAAAGAAUCUCCUAGCUAAAUGGUUAGCUCCAGGAGGAGAGCCUUGUAGAGAUGCUAAGACUGUUGAAAUUGCUAUUCCUGGUUUGGAUGGUAAGGAUCUGAUUGAGUUGUCUGCUGGUGAAAUCUAUGAGUUUGGGUUUCAGGCUUUGGAUGAGAGUAAGCAGCCUAGGUGUUUGGGUGGGGAUUAUUUUGAGACUGAUCUUUCAGGGGAGUCAUGGAAAUCUAGGCCUGUUGUGAAAGAUUUUGGUAAUGGGUCUUAUUCUGUUUCGCUUCAAGUUCAUCCAGAUUUUGUGGGAUCUUAUAAUCUUACUAUAAUCCUACUGUUUAGGCAUUUUGAGGGUCUUAAGUUCUCACCUAGCCGGUUCGCAUACGAUAGGGAGAUUCGGAGAAUUCCGAUCAGGUUUUACAAGGGCUCGGCUCAAUUGCCAGAGCUACAAGUUUGCAAAGAGUCAGAUUUUGGAAGAGAUGUUUGGUCAGGAAGGUGGACUAGGCAUGGUAAGAAUGAUGAGUGUGAGAUUAGUCAUGAUGGUCGAUACAGAUGCCUCUCCCCAAGUUUUCCUUGCCAGAGUCCUUGGUGUAGUGGUUCAUUGGGGGCUUUGGAGAGUAAUGGUUGGGUUUACUCCACACAUUGUUCUUUCAGAUUGUUUUCAGCUGAUUCUGCUUGGAAGUGCUUGAAUAACAGAUGGCUUUUCUUCUGGGGUGAUUCCAAUCAUGUUGAUUCGAUACGAAACAUUCUCACCUUUAUCUUGGAUAUGCCCGAAGUACAGUCAGUUCCGAGACGGUUUGAUAUGCACUUUACAAACCCGAGAGACCCUUCACAGAAGGUUCGAAUUACAAGCCUAUUCAAUGGUCAUUGGAAUGAAACACAGAAUUACCAGGGUUUGAAUUCCUUGAAAGAUGAAGGAUUCAGGAAUUUGAUCAAGAAGUACUUCUCGGAAGAUAAAGUUCCAGAUACUAUAAUCAUGAACUCAGGCUUACACGAUGGCAUAUAUUGGUCCAACAUAAGAGCUUUUUCUGCUGGGGCAAGCUAUGCAACAACAUUUUGGGUGGAAAUCAUGGAGUUAAUACGGCAGAGAGGUUUGGUGGUGCCAAAAGUCUUCUACCGCACCACAAUAGCCACUGGUGGGUAUGCGCGAACUAUGGCGUUCAAUCCUAAUAAGAUGGAGGCAUUCAAUUGGAUACUCAUUGAGAAAUUGAAGCAAGCUGGUAUCCUUUCUGGUGUGAUUGACAAUUUUGACAUGACCUUCCCGUGGCAUUUUGAUAAUCGUUGCAACGAUGGAGUACACUACGGCCGAGCUCCUGCAAAGGCAAAGUGGAGGGAUGGCCUCAUUGGACACCAUUAUUUUGUGGACCUUAUGCUGGAUCAUAUACUGCUGAAUGUACUAUGUGCAACCAGAUAGGAAGCUGCUGCAAACAUGUGAAGCGUUUCAAAUUUUCUCUGAAACUUUUCAACGAUGGCGUCCCAGAGCUAUCAAGAGAAUUUGAAAUGCAGGCUCAUCCUUGAAUGCCAGAAUGAAGGG